CGGCUGCUUCCUCUUCGUCUCCUUCCUGGAUUUCCCGAUCUUCUGCCGCCUUUACCUGCAACAAAAGAAAGACACCUGCACACCCGACAACUUGUCCAGAUUCAUACAUACAUUCCUGACCCUACGUGAUCCAUUCGUCCCGAAAGCGACCAAAACUCCCAGGUGUCGAUAUCUCGGAGGCAAACCCUCUUCUACGACCCAUAACACAUCCAUUAUAUGAUCGCGAAACGACGGCAUCUGUUAAACAAAUUCAAGGACUGCAGACGAGACAAUGGAGAGUAUUCAACUUGCCCAGAUGCUGGCCGAUCUUAGCGAUCUAAAUGCGGCUCAAGAAUCACAGGCCGCACUCGCGGUCGUCAACGCAAACAAGAGCGCCAGCCAGCCCGCUGCGGAACCGUCCCAUCAGUCUCUGAAGCCAUCAACCGAACAACCUCCCAUCCGCCCUAAUCAACUCCACCAUCAACGUGUCGCUUCCGCAACCUCCCUACUCUCUAGGGCGGCCUCACCCGCCAGAUAUGACAAAUACGGCCGUCCCCUUGCGACGCCCCCCAUGACCCGUACGAACUCGAACCAUGGGUCCAUUCCCGGCACUCCACGAAGAGACUCUGAGCCCGAAGACGACAUUGACCGAGCGCAUUCCCUGAUGGCAUUAUACGAGAUUCGUACGAAGCUGAAGCAGCAAGACACCACAAGCAUUGACAAGCUCAGAGACAAGAUAGCCGCAUUGCAAUCCCGCUACCAAACGGAGAAGAAGGAUGGCGCAGAUGCCAAAAUAAGUCGUUUCAUCUAUCCCAAGACCCAAUCACCGGCAUCUUCGUGAACCUACAUCAUGCAGCAAAGUUUCUUUCCACGUAUUUGGUCGAGUUCAAGAUCGUUGCAUUCCUCAUUACCCAUAUACAGUCACGAUGGCAAUCCAGGAGU